UCGACGAUCAACGAAUAUAAAGCGUUUGCAUAUGGGGCACCAAACUCUUCUGAGAAUGUUGAUAAUUCUGACAUUAACGAUAUGAAGAUAGAAUCUGGUAUAUCUGACAGUGAAAGUCCUAAAGUUCAAAAUCGUGGAAUAAUGAAAACAAAUGUAAAGAAAUGGGCAUUCAAGUUGAAUAUAAUAGUUGGGAUACAUAUUUGGAACAUGUUGAUUAACGGACAAGAAACAGUCCAUUGGGCUGAUGAUGCUUACAGUCGAUGUCCUCAAAAAGUCAUUGAAUUUUAUGAAUCCA